UGGACCAUCCGGACAAAUAGGGAGGGUGGGCGGGUGCGUGCGCAGACUCCUCCACACGGCCUUCCGACCCACCUAAGCAAGGCGCAGGUGUGCGCUCUUACCCCUUAGCAUCCCUGCAAUCACUGUCUCCAGAGAUGUUAAUUGGCUUCCAAAGUAGAUGAGAGAUGAGUCAUUUUCAUCAAAUGAGAGAAAACAGCCUCCAGAGACUCUUUGUCUAUUGGCCAGCGAGAAGGUCAAUUCCCAGGAUCCUCCCGCUCAGGGACUUGAUCUUCCAGGCGAGAAAAGUUCAGCUGAGAGCGACAAGAGAGCAGUCUUCGCAGCACCUGUGAAUCCAGAGGGGCGGGCACCGGCACGUGCACUGUGUGGACAGACUCUCUGGUUCUGUGAGUGUUUUUUCUGGUCCUAGGUUGGACCUGGAGUUCUUAGGGGGAUGACUGGCAAAGCCAGUAUGCAGAAGGACCUCAGCCCAAAGUCAAGGAGGUUUUGGAUGGAGAGCUGGGUCCCGCGCCCGUUGUGGUAAUUCCCUUCCCGCCCCUCGGCGUCAAAGGCCAAGAAUUUUACUCCUGAAAAGAUACUUGCAGAUUGUCUGGGUGUUCCUGAAUCUCAAGAGAGUCGCUGGACACUGGUGGGUCCUUUCCCUGCCCGGUGCCUUCACACACUUAGCAUGAGACCACGUUCAAUUAAGCAGAACAGAAACUGUAUCACUGAUCAAGGAAUGGAGAAGGGAAGUUCCUGCUCAAGAUGUGUGGGGUGUAGUGAGGUGGUGCUUUUUUAAGGUCUUUUAGGGCUUGCAGGUGGAGACUGAGGGCAAGGGUUCCUGGAAAGACGUGGGGCUUUCCAGGAAGGGUUGACUGUGGCAGUCUCAUACUUUCUGUUGCCCCUCAGCAUUACAUGUGCCUAGCAAGGUUCCUUUUUCCCUGGGGGGCAGGGAUUUAGGUAUGGUAAUUAGCAAGGAUUCAGGUUAGGGUAGCACUGCUGAGCUCGUUUCCCAUCUUGUAGCACGGUGGUUGCUGACAUCCAGCUUUUGUUUCUGUAAGCAAGCAGAGCUGCAAACACAGGUUGCCUUCGUAGGUUCUGGGGCAUUAGGAAAGAAUUUAGGUCAUGCUGGGGUGACAUAGACAGUUGUUUUAACAACGUGGUGCGCAUUUGAGGUGGGGGUUGUAGGGCGAGGUAGAUAAAAGUGCAGAUUCCACAGCCACACCCCGACAUACUGAAUCAGAGUCUGUGAGGGUGGGAUCUGGAGUCCUUUUUAAAAAGCUCAGAGGAACCAAUUCACAGGAACAAUGAAAGUUUGAUCUGAGCCAAACUCCUUAAUUUAGAAAUGAGGAAACAGGGAUCCUUAAAAGGGAUACAGGGAGAGGGUUGGAGGAUAGUUACAGUAUAAUAGUUUUAGGGUGGUUGUUUCCUGGCCUUGGGAAGUUUUCCCAGCCACUGCUCUGAUCAGUACACAGUUGAAUACUUUAGGGGAACCUUCCCCACGUAUCCUGAGUUCUCUCUCUCUGCAGGUCUCCCGCCAGGUCUGUUGCCUGUGAUCUCUGGUCACCUUGGUCUUUCAGCUUUGUCUCCUUAAAUCUUGAAAUCCAACCAGCUUUGCCUUGCUGCCCUUCCUUGAGACACUGGCCUGGAAUCCUUCAAGCUCGUGUCAGAAGCAGGAUCUGAAGUGGAGCUUCCAGUAUCCCCAGGAGCGCUACGUGAACACAGAAGAGUUUCUUCUUGAAGGACUCAAGGACUGAAGCAUCCCACAAAAUGAUCCUACUGGAUAACUCCCAGAAGCUGCUGACCCUAUACAAAUCCUUGGCCAGUAGCAUCCCUGAGUCCCUGAAGGUUUACGGCUCUGUGUAUCACAUCAAUCACGGGAACCCCUUCAACAUGGAGGUGCUAGUGGACUCCUGGCCUGAGUAUCAGAUGGUUAUUAUCCGGCCUCAAAAACAGGAGAUGACUGACGACAUGGAUUCAUACACAAAUGUAUAUCGUAUAUUCUCCAAAGACCCUCAAAAAUCACAAGAAGUUUUGAAAAAUUGUGAGAUCAUCAACUGGAAACAGAGACUCCGAAUCCAAGGUCUUCAAGAAAGUUUAGAUGAGGGUAUAAGAGCAGCUGCAUUUUCAAAGUCAGUGAAGGUAGAGUAUUCGAGAGCAGGCCUCUUCAUUACGGAAGAUAUCCUGAAGUUCAAUGCCUCCAAUAAAAGCAAGCUUGGAAGCUGGGCUGAGACAGGCCACCCAGCUGAUGAAUUUGAGAGGGAAACUCUCAAUUUGAAGUAUGCCCAGCUGGAUGUCUCUCAUUCUGGGCUGGUAAAUGACAACUGGAAUCUAGGAAAGAAUGAGAAGAGCCUGCGUUACAUCAACCGCUGCAUAGGAGCCCUGCCAACAGCCUGUAUGCUGGGCCCAGAGGAGGCCCCAAUCUCAUGGUUAACCAUGGACCCUUCUUGUGAAGUAGGAAUGGCCUACAGCAUGGAAAAAUACCGACGUAGAGGCAUCAUGGUGCAGCUGAUGUUGAGAUUCAGGAAAUAUCUGCGUCAGAAGAAUAUUCCAUAUUACUUCUCUAAACUGGACGUAAAUGAAAAGUACCGCAGGUUUAUGGGGCAGUACGGUGGCUUUGAGGUUUCCUGUGGUUGGCACCAAUGGACCUGCUAUCCACAGAAUCUAGUUCCAUUUUAGAUAAUUAAUCUGCUUAGCAAUCCUUGGCAAGCCAUCUCUUAAUAUUAAAGUAGACACCACAGAAUAGCUUUCUUCAUAUACAAAUGUUUAUAUGGCAUUUGUGAUAUGCCAGGAACUCUUCUCACAUGGAGACUUGAUGUUAAAAGAUACAGCCAUGAUCUUAAGGAACUUACAAUCCAGGGAGGAGGCAGGGGAGGGUAUACUCUUUAAAUAGGCUUAAGUGUUGUAGGGAAGGAGAGGGUUACCAGUAAACAUAUAACUAGAAAGCCAGGCUCAGUUCUUACCUCUAGGAAUCAGAACUCUUCAUGAAACUUGGUUGUUAGAAUCUGCUAUCUGGGGGCUGAGCAUAGUGGUUCAUGCCUGUAAUCCCAGCACUUUGGGAGGUUGAGGUGGGCAGAUCACAAGGUCGGGAGCUCAAGACCAGCCUGGCCAAU